GAAGCUUGGUAAACGCUACAGAUCAGGACACGUCACUGUGGCAGUACAGACGCAAAAUGCGUCAAAACAAGCUCUGACAACAGUCUUCUUGAGUGAUGCAGUGGUGGUUGUUGAUACAUAAGGUACUUCAUAGAUAUAUCCACAGCAUAAGUCCAAGCUGGAUUGCCUCUUUCUGUGCUCCGUUACCUGAACACCCAGCCGACCACAAGAUCUACAUAUCAGCUCGGCUAUUAUGAUGUCUUUCAACCCCUCGAUUUCUUCACGGCGGCUGUUCCUUCAGAUGUCGGGAGCGCCGGGCGCGGGCAAAAGCACCACUGCGGCCCUCUUAGCCAAGCCCCUCAACGCGAUCAUCCUCGAUAUCGACGUUAUCAAAUCCUCUCUCCUCGAUAGUGGGUUACCGUUCGAACAGUCUGCGAAGCUGGCUUACUCGAUGCUCUGGGCGCUCGCCGGCAACAUACUCAAGCAGGGUCGCAACCUCAUUGUAGACUGCACCUGCAACUUUGAAGAAAUCAUCACUAGUGGAACAGCCCUGGCGAAAGGGGCGGGUUUUGAGUAUUGGUACAUCGAGUGCAGGCCCAAAGUCGAUACUGAAGUGCUCGAUGAGAGGCUGCGGGCGAGAGCAGCGAUGAGAAGUCAGCGUACGGGAGUACGCAAUCCUCCGGCUGACGGCGAUGCAUCCCAAGGACGCGAGGACCAGGAGGCUUUGUUUCGAAGGUGGAUCGACAACCCGUAUAGGCCCAAGGAUAAUGUGAUUGUCGUCGAUACAUCGAAGCACUCGGACGAGUGCCGAAAGCAGGCCUUGAAGGGGAUGGAAGAGUGACCGGACCCGAGAGAGUCGAGGAAAAGCAGGGGGGACUUAGAUAACCAGAAGCUGGCUCUGGCGAGUAUUC